AUGAAUAAUAUAAAUAUAAAUAAUAAUUAUAGUUCGAAUAAUAUUGAUGAUAACCAGAAAAAUAUAAUGCAACACCAUCCAUAUAACAGACAAAUUAGAAAUAAUAACAACAACAACAACAAUAAUAACAAUAACAAUAAUAACAAUAACAACAACAAUAACAAUAAUUUCAAUUAUAAUUAUAAUGUAAAUAGUAACGGAAGAAGCUAUAGUUAUAGCUCCUCUUCCUCAGAAAAUGGGAAUAGCUUUAGAAAUGUUAACACCAAUAUUAAUAUGAACAAUAAUAUCAACAACAAUAUGGGAAUGAAUAUGAAUAUGAAUAUGAAUAUGAAUAUGAACAAUAUGGGAAUGAACAUGAACAUGAAUGGUAUGAAUAUGAAUUUCAAUGGUAUGAAUAUGAGCAAUAGAAAUUUUAAUAACAACAAUAGAAAUUUUAACAACAACAACAAUUACAAUAGAAAUUUUAAUAGUAAUAGAAAUUUUAAUGGUGGAAAUAAUAAUAAUAAUAAUAAUAAUAAUAAUAAUAACAACAAUAACUACAACAUUAAUUUUAAUAGAAACUAUAAUAGAAAUACUUUUAAUAAUAGAAGAAAUUUUAAUAACAAUAAUAAUAAUAAUAAACAAAUUCAACCCCAUAAACAACAUCAACAUCAACAAAGAUCAUAUUAUUUCAAAUCAUCAUUUUUAGAAGAUCCAUGGAAAAAUAGUUCACAGCCAUUACCCGAAGCAUACAUAGUUCCUCAUGACAAAGGUGUAUCUGUAAAUAUAAAUUAUAAUGAAAAUGGAAAUAGCUCAUCAAUUUCUACAUCAAUUUCAAAUAGUAAUGGAAAUAACUACAACGAAAACAUCAAUUACAACUCUAUAGAUGAAAACGAAAUUGAUAUCAAUGAAGAUUUCGAAGAGGAUAACAAUCAUGAUAACAACCAAGAUAGUGACCAAGAUAACAAAAGCAUUGACGACGAUGAUGAAAAAAAUUAA